GUUCGCUUUAGAAAAAUUUUAAAAAUAGGUGAUUAAAAUUAUUUACAUAAAUCUAGCAUUUUCUUUCUGUUAGAAUUUACCUCGUAAGCAUAUUAUUGUCGCACAUAAAUAAAUACAUCACCAUCAUCACCAACCAAAAGCAUCAAAAUUAGCACGCGUUAAGUGGAAGCGGUUUGCUUUUUGCAACAAGGUUUUUAUUUAUUGUCUAGACUUUUUAAAAUUAUCUUCGUCAUGACCGAAAGGCAUUUUUCUGACCUUACUGCUAAAUCCAGACGAAUUGUUGAACAAUUUACUCAAUGGUUAAGUAUUUCUAUGGACAAGUUUAAGGACGAUCUGGUUGUUGAGAGCAACGCCUUUCUUUCUGCAAACCUCAUUUUUGACAAGACAUAUACCAAAGAUGAAGUUGCUUCCCUUUUUCAGGGUCAGCUCUGCAUUUUCCAAGGCCUCAUCGAUACUCAAAUUAAGAGUAGUCUGGCAUCAUCGGCGGAGCUUAUCUAUGCAAUAUUGCGCGAGGUGGAUCAAAAGAGAUUAGUACUUAAUAUUGAUACGACCGCUGCUCUAAAUGAAGGGGGUAUGGUUGACAUGAUACCACAUGGAAGAGAGUUGAUGAACGGUCCAGCGGGGCGAUUGGCACCUUUGACCGUGGACGAGACAAAUGGAAGGAUGACUCGACAACUUGAGGAUUCUAACAAUCAGAUAUAUCAACUUCGAAGAAAACUACAACAGGUCACGGAUGCAUAUACGCAGAUAUUGAGCAAUCGUUCGGAUGAUGCAGCAAAAUUUUCCCCAAUCCAAGACGUCAUGAACGACAAAGAUCGCUUGAGAAUGGAACAAUCUCAAUGUUGCCAUAAUCCGGACGACAGCUUGAAGCAGACCGUCCGAAAACUACAGCAUGAGCUCUCCGAAUCUAAGAGAGAGCAUACGCAAAGGCUAAGCCAGUCAACGCAAUAUCAACAGGUCAAAAAACUACUAGCACAGCGUAAUGCGCAGCUGAAGUGGACGCGAGAGCAACUGAAAAAAUACGAUCCUUUCUUCGAGAUUAAUAAAUUAGACGACAUUGUGGUAGAGGAAGAUUAGUAUCUUUUCAAACCAUAGAACUGUUCCCACUCUUGUAUAAAAAUUACUAUUUUUUUAUCAAUUGCUUCAUUGCUUGUAUAAAGUGAUGUUUAGAUAGAGAACGCUAAGUUUAGUAGAUUCCUCUUCUUAGCUAUAAUUGUGAGACUUGGCUGUUUUUGUGCAUUCGUUCCACUUAA